AUGGGAAAGGGGGGAAUUGCGAGGCUGUUGGCCACGGAGGUGCUUGGCGGCGAUGUCAAUGCCUGCUGUGGCUUGCUGCGUCGAAUAUUUAGUGAGACCGUGGAGGAAUAUGUCAUCCAUGCACUAGAACGAAGUGGACAAGGUCUUGUUAGUGAUGUUCUAACUUUGGGGAAGGUUAGUUUGGCCGAUGACGCGUCUCUUGUGCGUCCGGGUUCCGUAGCGAUUCUUUGUCAUGCUUCGCAGCGUCUGGGUGACUGGCAGAGUGCUCUUCACUUUGCUGAAUUCCUGCCGAGCCCGCCAUCUUCAUUGUUUAUUUCUUCCCUGUUGUCGCCGGGAAACUACCCUGCGAUUCUCCGCCGCUGCGAAGAGAAGGGCUGGUCGUUGGAUGUCCCCCAUGCUACUCAGGUACUUGCCGAGAAGCAUGGGAGCUGGACAUCCGCCUUGGCGGUGGCAGAAGCGAUGGAGCGGCAACUUCACAUGGGUGAGUGGUAUUCGCUGGGGGUUUUGAUUCCACACCUCUCGAAAAGUGGAGCGUGGGAAAAGGCUGUGGCGUUGUUUGUUGCUGGAAUAGCACAAGGGUCGUUGGUGGACCCAGGGUUUGUGGGGAAUCUUUUGUAUCGAACAGCGCAGCUGAAGCAGUGGCGGAUGUGCCUCUACAUGUUGUCGGCGAUUGAAAAAACAAAAGAGGCGGCACACAUUUUUUCUUCUGAUGUGAACUUUUUUAAAGAUGUCAUGUCCAUUUCUCCGAUCUGGGAGUCAUCGCUUUUGGUGUUUAAUGCGGCAGUUGCUGCAGGCGUUAAGCCGGACAAGUUCAUGGUGGGGCUUUUGUUGGGCCAAUGCGAGGAGUCCAAUGCAUGGUCAGUGGCAACACAAGUGUAUGACAUUGCCCAGAGAGAGGGAUUUGUGUCCAACAUUGCUGGAGACUCGUAUCAAACUCUUGUUCGCUCAUUUCAUGCAGUUAAACAGUGGGAAAAGGCGUUAACUGCACUGUCUUGGAUGGCCAAAGCCGAUGAAGCGUCUGCGGCAACGGGAAUGGAGGAACUCCUGGAAUUGUGUGAGCAGUCAGGUCAGUGGGAAGCGGCGGUGCGUAUUGGGGGUAUGCUUCUGGAGAAAAAUUCAUAUCUUCCUGUUCGUACACGUCUUUCCCUCUUGUUUGCCUCCGCCAAGGGGGCGAUGUGGGAUGUCGCGGUAAGAAUACUGCAGGAUUCGUUUGCCGAUGCCAAUCAACCUCCACAUCCCCUUUGCGUUUGUGCGGUUUUACAAGCCUGCGUUGCUUCUAAUCGCUGGAAGGAGGCUGUAAUGCUUUUGCAGCGAGCACGUGAGGAGGAACCGCGAGUUGUGCUGCCACCGCUGGCACAUCGGUUAACCAUAAAGGUAUGCGUGGGUUCCGGGCGUUGGUCGGAAGCCAUGGCGCUCCUUGCGGAUAUGAAUGCCUCAGGUCUGCCGAGGGACAACCACAGUCAGCGUCUAGGGGUGUGGGCUGCGGCACUAUUGGGGGAUUGGAAACUAUCUCUAGAGCACUUGCGACACCUUCCACUGAUUUGCCGCACACCGCAGGACCGACUUGUGGUUCGCGGCGCAACCCGUGACAUCAGUGCGGUGGCCAAGGCAAUCGUAUUAAAGUAUCUUCAACAGCAGAUCAGUUAG